CUCUCUCUCUCUCCCUCUCUUUUUUUGGGGGGGAUUUUUCUUUUGUUGAAUGCGGGAGAAUGGGGGAUUGAGAGGAAGGUGAUGCUUUUGAAAGCAUGGCGUCUUCGCCUUCUUUUGGUGGGGAGAAGAAGCAUUGGUGGCUGAGUAACAGAAAGGUAGUAGAGAAAUACGUGAAAGAUGCCCGUGUACUCAUCGCAACCCACGAGCAUUCGGAAAUCACCGCUGCCGUAAACCUCCUCGAUGCGGCCCUCGCACUCUCUCCCCGCCUCGAGGUGGCCCUCGAGCUGAAAGCGCGAUCGCUUCUCUAUCUCCGUCGAUUCAAGGACGUUGCCAACAUGCUCCAAGAACACAUUCCCAGCUACAAGAUCACAAUGGAGGAAUCGUGGUCGUCGUCAUCUCUCUCCUCUGAGAAUUCAUCACAGCAGCUUUCGAAAGAUCGAGUCAAGCUCCUCUCCUCCGACAACAUGUCGUCGUCGGUGCCACCGUCUGAUGGGGACGCUUCCUUCAAAUGCUUCUCUGUCUCGGAUCUGAAGAAGAAGGUUUUAGCUGGUCUAUGCAAAAACUGCGAGAAAGAGGGGCAAUGGAGGUACCUGGUCCUAGGCCAAGCUUGCUGCCACCUGGGCCUGAUGGAAGACGCCAUGGUCCUCCUCCAGACCGGAAAACGUCUAGCCUCCGCCGCUUUCCGCCGCGAGAGUGUCUGCUGGUCUGAGGACAGCUUCUCCUUCUCCAACGCCGCCAUCUGCGGUGAAAUCAACCCCAACAACCCUCCGGUCUCCGCCCCGCCCUCAUCCGAAGCAGAGAGUGUGGCUCACCUCCUCAGCAACAUCAAGCUCCUCCUCCGUCGCCGCGCUGCUGCCCUUGCCGCCCUCGACGCAGGCCUCCACUCCGAGGCCAUCCGCCACUUCUCCAAGAUCCUCGACGGCCGGAGAAGCACCCCACAGGGCUUCCUUGCAGAUUGCUACAUCCACAGAGCCACAGCCUACCGAGCUGCAGGCCGUAUUGCUGAGGCCAUUGCCGACUGCAAUCGCACACUCGCCCUCGAUCCAUCUUCCAUCCCUGCCCUCUCCACCCGUGCCAAACUCCUCGAAUCCAUUCGCUGCUAUCCCGAUUGCCUCCGUGACCUCGAUCACCUCAAGCUUCUCUACGACGCCAUCCUCCGCGACCGCAAGCUCCCUGGCCCCGCAUGGAAGCAACAUACAUUCAGAUACAGGGAUGUUUCGGCAAACCUACGAACCCUAACAUCAAAGAUCCAAGAACUGAGGGUGCAGGUCGCUUCCGGUGACGCUGCCAACAUUGAUUACUACGCAUUAAUCGGGCUGCGGCGGGGAUGCACGCGAUCGGAGCUGGAACGGGCCCAUCUGCUUCUGUCUUUACGUCACAGGCCCGACAAAUCAACAGGAUUCGUUGAUCGGUGCGAGUUCGUCGAUGAUCGCGAUGUGGAUACGAUCAAGGAUCAGGCAAGGAUGUCGGCAUUGUUGUUGUAUCGGUUGCUACAGAAAGGAUAUUCAAGCGUCAUGGCUUCGAUCAUGGAUGAGGAAGCAGCUGAAAAACAGAAGCAGCGGACCGCCGCAGCUGCAGCCAUACAAAACGCAAUCCCUCUUCUCGAAUCGAAAUUGGAAGUGGAUACGAAUAGUAAAAUGAUGGAAUCGGAACAGAAAGAUUUUAGUCUAGAACUGCCGGAGAAGACGACAGCAGCAGCGGCGGCAGCAGCAUCGGUAUUCCAAGGGGUUUUCUGCAGGGAUUUGGCAGUUGUCGGAAAUCUGAUAUCGCAGGUCGGAUUUAAUCGGCCACUCCCAGUGAAAUACGAGGCCUUGAGCUGCUGACCGUACGAUCGAUCGCCGGCGGACGUGUCGUUGGAUGUUGUCAUCGGAAUCCUAUUCUUUCUCCUAUUUCUUGUGUACAAAGGGCUGUCGGAAAAUUUUGUCACGUUUGGAUCUCUUUUCUAUAUAUAUUUUUAUAAAGAUGUAGUAAUUAGUUUUUAGUUAA